AUGAGGAGCCCGGUGGCCGAGGGGCGCCUGGAGGUGCUGCAGGUGUGCAAGCUGCUGCAGUGUGUCCACGAGGGCGACAAAGCCCAGAUCGAGAAGCUGAUCGGCAUGGGCAUCCCGGGCCUCAUCAACCUCACCGAGCCCGAGGAGGGCACCGGCGCACUGCAUCUGGCCUCUGCCGCCAAUGACGCCGACAUGGCCGGCUUCCUGCUGUCCCGGGGGGCCACGCCCGACGUGCAGGACAAGCUGGGGCGCACCCCGUUGAUGAAGGCCGCCGCGCUGGGCCACGACGGGAUGGUGGCGCUGCUGGCCCGGAGCCACGCCGACAUGGGCCUGGUGGACAACGAGGGGAGAGGUGUUCUGUUCUACUGCAUCUCCCCCACCAAGCGGCACAUGCGCUGCCUGCAGACGGCUCUGGACAGCAAGGCAGACGUGAACAACGUGUCCAACGCAGGGAAGCCCGUGUUCUUGCUGGCCUGUGAGCAUGCCCAGGACUGCGAGAACAUGUGCAUCAGCAUACUGGAGCAAGGGGCCGACCCCAACGCCACCAAUCAGGUUACGGCCCGGACGGCUCUGAUGGAGGCAGCAAGGGUUGGGGCCCUGGAUCUGGUGCGGGCUAUCCUGAAGAAGGGGGGCAAUGUUAACGCCCUGGACAGGAAGAGGACCCACGCUGCUCAUUUCGCAGCCAAGGGGGGCUUCUUUGAGGUGAUUCGGGUGCUGGCUGCGUAUUCGGCAGACCUGGGUGUGAUCACAACGGAGGGGAACACGCCACUGCAUUUUGCUGCUCGGGGCGGUUUUACAGACUGCUGCCGGUUUCUCGCUCAGAGAGGCUGUAACCCCAAACUGAAAAACCAGGAAGGCUUGAUCCCUCGUCAGAUCGCCAAAGACAACGGGCACAGGGCGGUGGUGAAGGAGCUGAGGAAAGCGGAGAGGCUGCACGGGAAGUACUCCAGGCAAGGAGCUGUCAACCCCAACCAGCCGUGGGCCCUGGCGCUCCACGACUGGUCCAACGAGCACGAGGCGGCGCUGCGAAGCGCCUUCGAGACGGCGGAGGACGGGGCGCCCGGCGCGGAGACGGUCUCCCGGGAGACCUUCGUGUCUGUGCUGCGGAGCCAGGGCGCGCCCGUCAGCGCCGAGGACCUCCAGGCACUUGUGCUCGCUCACGACAAGAAGCGGGAGGGCUGGAUCAACCUGGACGAGUUCUUCAAGGGCGUCAGGUUCCUGCAGAAGGCCUUCGUCAUCACGUCCUACGGGCCGAAGAGGAAGAAGGCCGGCAAGGCGGGCAAGGGGAAGAAGAAGAGCAAGUACGUCCUGCCUCUGCCCAUCUGCACCGUGCCCCCUGAGCUCGUCCACCGGCGGCCUGACGGGGGGCCGCCCCACUUCAUGAUCGAGAGCUACCAGCACUGCACCGACGCCUCCCGCUGGGACCGGGACCACCCGCCCAGCCACCCCGUCGAGGACGACUCGGCCUGGUACAUCGACGAGCCCGACCGGAUCUACGUCAACAUCAACCACUGCGUCAAGACAGGCGACCUGGAGUCCCUGCACCUGGCCUUCAGCCAGCAGGUCCCCGUGGACGUGAGGGACCGCUUCUACAAAACGCCCCUCAUGACCGCCUGCGCCACUGCCAACUAUGAGGCGGCCAAGUACCUCAUUGGCCUGGGGGCCGACGUGAACGCGUGUGACCAGUUCAACUGGACACCCCUGCACCACGCCUGCCACGCGGGGCAGGAGGACAUCGUCGACCUGCUGGUGCAGGCGGGGGCCGCGGUGGACCCUGUGGCGAUGAGCGGAGGCACGCCGCUCAUGAGGGCCAUCGAGAGCGGCCGGCCCGGCUGCGUGGACUACCUCAUCAAGGCCGGAGCCAGGGUGCAGGCGGAGAACAAGAGCGAGAAAAACUGUAUGGAUAUAGCCCGGGUCUAUGCUGACCAGAGGAUACUGGACUUAGUCAAGGCCAAAUUUGACACUCUUCCUAAACCCAAGGAGAACAAGAAAGGAAAAACUGCCAAACCUCCACCAAAACCAAGACCAAUCACCUCUGCUAAAGACAAGGGUCCCCUUGUGUUGUCCCCUAACCCUUCGAACACGGCGUCAAAGAAGGAAUUGCUGAAGGAGAGCAUCCUGUUCCAGAACACUCAGAUUACCAACGGAGCCAUGAACAAGAUUGACAUCAGUUUCAAGCCAAGAACGGUGUGGGGUAGGCAACCGACUACCAGUCAGCUCAUUCAGAGGAAGGAGGCAAGGAGGGAACGUCUGUCCAGUGACAUCGACUUUGAGGAUUUCCUGAUGCCGUUCAUUAAGAACGUCAGGCAGAAGGCCCAGCAGCUGGAGGGAGCCGAAGAUUAA